AGACGACCAUAUGAAAGAAUGCACUCACUGACAUCAUACAGAACCAAGAGUAAAAAAAACAGACUGAAACGGAGUGUAAGAGCAGACUGAACCUGUGGAUUAGUGAUUAUUUGUACACACACUGACAUCAGUACUGUGUGUGGCGAUGUUUAACUAGAGCGUCCACAACUGGAACAGCAGACCAGGAAAAGUAGAAGAAGAAUUUUUUUCUUUUCUUUACUUUUUGAUGUGUUCUUGAGGCCAGUUGUGGGCUGAACGUGGACUCCAGUGGUCUGACAGUGAUCUCAUAUUAUACCAUGUUUACAGCAGUAAAUGAUAACAGCUAUGUAAACACUGGAAACUCAAAAUUUCAAUAAUAAAAAAAAAAUCCCUUUCAAAAAACCCAUGUCAGAAUUUGUAGGAGGAGUCAAGCACCUCCUCUUCCUCCUGGUCGCCCUCCUUCAGACCCCAGAGCAGCAUUCAGAGGAAGUUAAAGCCCUCAAAGCUCUUCAGCCUCUAAAUUCAGCGAUGAUGUCAAACUAUUUGUCGUUAGCUUAUUGGUCUUCUGCUGUGAUGUCCAACAGAUCUGAAACAAGCUUCAGUACGAAGGUGGGGCCUGUCCUUUCAGACACUUUCCUCCAAUCACCAUGCACAUUCCAAGAGGCCCCUCCCUCGCUCCUCCUCAGCCCCUGCCUCUGGCGGAAUGAUUCCAGCUGUCAGUCACAGAACCCUGCUUACAUCCCAUCUCCAUCUUCUUCAUCCUUGUAUAGUAAUCAUGCUCUGAUUCCAUCCCCCACCCACCUCCUCUCCUCAACACCUGGAUGUAACAGUUACCAUGGCAACCUGUACACACCCUCCUCCCCCUCUGCAGGUGACUGGAUGCUACCUGACAGUCUGUCUUGGGGGCAGGGAUGUGGACCAGAGCAGCGCGAGUGUGUGAGUUGUGGGAUGCAGAGCGCCCCCCUGUGGAGGCGAGACGCUGCAGGUCGACUCCUGUGUAACACCUGCAGCCUCAGACAGGAAGCCAACAACACACCGCUGCUGAGACCGAAGAGACGAGCUUAUGAUGUGUUAUUCCAGAGCAGGAUUCAGAGAAAAGGAACUCAGUGUGUCAACUGUCUGACUGAGCGCACGACACUGUGGAGGAGAAACUCUGCAGGAGAAGCCGUCUGCAACGCCUGCGGACUCUACUACAGACUACACCGGGUGAAUCGCCCGCUGGCCUUGAAGAAAGAUGGAAUCCAAACCAGAAAACGGAAAGUGGUCACUAAGAAUAAGAGGAAAACUGACCAAUCAGAGACCAAGCUGCCUAAGGGGGUCCAGCCCAGUGAUGUCACAGCAGCUGACAGCAGCGUUGUCGGGUUUUAGGUGACCUGAUGCUGCAGAGGAAAACAUCAGCUCAGGACCUUCUUCUUCAUUAUCAGAACAAUCGAGUGAAUAAAUAAAUCCAUGAACCUCUGCAGACAGAAGCUGCUCGCACAACCUUGAAGAGAAAUUUGUGAGGGUAAAGCUUUUCAGACGUGUCUGCUGUUUUUGCUUCCUGUGUGCUGUCCUCUGUGAUCACCUGUGUUUUUAGAUUUUUGUUUGCUGUAUUUACUGUGGACCUUGUCUCCAGCCCAAUAAAUGACUCACUUUUUGUUAUUUAACACAUCUUAUUUUGCCUCCUACAUUUGGGUCCCCACUCCUUCACUCCCCCCUCCUUCUGACAGCAGCAUUUAUCGACAGCUACCAGGACGAACUCAUCACUCAUGUGAUCCAGUGCAUAAACAUUAACAGCCUGGGUUUAGUUUCAGCUGCCUCACACAUGUAAAACUCAAAGUUUUAGAAAUGGCUUUAAAUCCAGGACCCGCUCCAGAAAACAGGUUUGAAAAAACUCAGUUUAGCAUAAAGUCUGAUCAAUUUUUCAUUAAUUAUUAAUAUCUGAUUCAUCCUUACGUGGGGAAACUCUGAGUUUUUGGAAUUUUACUUUAAGCAGUCAAUAUGUGCUUGAAGUGCAGACUUUCAGCUAUAAUUCAGAGGAGAUGGAACAACAAUUUAGCAUGAACUGUUUAGGAAACAUAUCAUUUUCCGAGGCUCAAAAAUGUUAUGACAAACACUCUCAUGACCAGGUGAGGCCUGUUCCCUCAACAUUUCUUGACGAAUGAAGCAGACAUAAUGUCUGAAAAUCAACGUUUGAGCUUGCUUUUAUAAUGUGACGUGUAAUAAAUAGA